ACAAAAUGUGCACAAUAUUGGCCAAGCACCAAAGAUAAACUGAUUGGUGAUGUUCUUGUAAAAAAUAUAGAAGAAAAAUGUCAUGCUAAUUACACAAUAAGGCGAUUCAAAAUCAACAAACGUGUGGAAAAAACAACUAGGGAAGUUGUUAUGUUUCACUACACAAGAUGGCCAGACCACGGGGUUCCUGCCCCACUCAGUCUUGUUAUAUUCCAUCGUCACGUGAUGAGAGUAUCUUCACAACACCCUGCAAAAUAUACUGUGGUACACUGCAGCGCGGGGAUUGGUAGAACCGGAACUUGCAUUGCUUUAGACGCCCUCUACCGGGAAGGGGAGAGAAAUGGGAAAGUCAAUGUACCGAUGUAUGUCAGGACCAUGAGAAAAGACAGAAUGAACAUGAUACAAGGCGACGAUCAAUAUAAGGCAGUGUACCUUGCUCUUUGUGAAUCAUUCAAUGGGAAAUCUAGAUGCCUUACAACAGAGUCAUUUGUACGAGAGCUACAAGAACAGUCCUGUUACACCAACUGUGGAGAAUUGGCAACAAAAUCUUCUUUGUCGUCAGAAUUUCAGGAUUUACUGUCCCUUCGAAAGGAAUAUGAACAGAAGGAUUAUGAGACCGGACGCUUAAAUAAAGCUGCCAACUAUACAGACAGCGUUUUGCCACUUGACGAAUUUUUGUGUUAUUUAUCUUAUUCAAAGGGAAGAAACACCUACUACAACGCAGUUACACUUCAGUCCUACACAGAGAACGACAGUCUGAUCAGCGCCCAGUACCCACUUCCUGACUUCACUGAAGACUUCCUCAGACUCAUCAGAGACUUUGAUGCUCGUGUUGUGGUUUUCAUGUGUCCGCUAAAGGAUUUAAAAUCCUCUUCUCUUUGGGUUCCGUCAAAAACUGAACAUAAGACUGUCGGAAACUUUACCAUUAUGCAGGCUAGUUUAACAAAUCAAGCAAAUUUUUCAACAAGAAGCAUUGUGCUUCAGCAAAACGGAUUAAGUGACACAAGGGUAACUGUGCUAGAAUGCAAGACAUGGAAAGAAGGUAAAAAGACAACGGACAAAAGAGCUUUGCUGGAUGUUGUUAAAGAGGCAAAAUCAGGAAAACUCAAUCACGAAGGAAAAAUUAUCGUUUUGUCCAGUGAUGGCGCCACACGUUGUGGGACAUUUUGUGUGGUAUAUAACGCUCUAGAACAACUCUCCAUGGAUCAGGAAGUGGACAUCUUCACCAUCACACGACAACUUCAGAUCCGUAGACCUGAGUUUGUGUCUAACUUG